GGACCAAUCCCGGGAAGGGAGGCGCUGCCGGCCCCCAGGCUCGCCGCGCGCCCCCUCCCCACUCGCCCGGCCCCACCCCGCGAGCACCUCUGGUGCAGAGGAGACGAGCCGCGGAGGAUCCUUCUGCUCUGUCGGAGGAUGAGGUUUUGGCUGAGAAAUGAAGAGAUGGCCCUGGAGGAAAUGGUGCAGAGAUUAAAUGCGGUUUCCACGCGCACUGAUGAAAUCAUGCACCAGGACAUCAGCCCGCUCUGCGCCGCCGACAUCCAGGACCAGCUGAAGAAGCGCUUUGCUUACCUGUCUGGUGGGCGGGGGCAGGACGGCAGCCCCGUGAUCACCUUCCCGGACUACCCGGCCUUCAGCGACGUCCCGGACAAGGAGUUCCAGAAUGUCAUGACCUACCUCACCAGCGUCCCCAGCUUGCAGGAUGCCGGCAUUGGAUUCAUCCUGGUCAUAGACCGAAGGCAGGACAAAUGGACCUCGGUGAAGGCGUCGGUCCUGCGGAUAGCAGCAUCCUUCCCGGCAAACCUCCAGCACGUCCUUGUUCUGCGCCCAACAGGAUUUUUCCAAAGGACUCUCUCUGACCUAGCUUUCAGAUUCAACAGAGAUGACUUUAAGAUGAAGGUACCGGUCACAAUGCUGAGCUCAGUACCAGAAUUACACGAUUACAUCGACAAGUCCCAGCUGACCGAGGACCUGGGCGGGACCCUGGACUACUGCCACACCAAGUGGUUGUGUCACCGCACAGCGAUCGAAAGUUUCGCCGUCAUGGUUAAGCAGACCGCUCAGAUGCUACAGUCCUUCGGGACCGAGCUGGCUGAAACGGAACUGCCCAACGAUGUGCAGUCGACAAGCUCAGUGCUCAGCACACACAUGGAGAAGAAGGACAAAGCGAAGGAGGACAUGCGGUUGGCACUGGACGAGGGGCAGAGCAUCCUGGAGAGCAUCAGGGAGCCUUUGGCCAAGAGCACGGAGCAGAGCCUGAACCAGGACCAGCUGGACAAUCAGACCACCGUGCAGAGGCUCCUGGCCCAGCUGAACGAGACCGAGGCUGCCUUCGAUGAGUUUUGGGCAAAGCAUCAGCAAAAGCUCGAGCAGUGUCUGCAGCUCCGGCAUUUCGAGCAGGACUUCCGAGAGGUCAAGGCUGCCUUGGAUGGGUUGGCCCAGAAGAUAGCGACCUUCACCGACGUGGGCAACAGCCUGGCGCACGUGCAGCACCUCCUGAAGGAUCUCGCCGGCUUCGAAGAGAAGUCCAGUGCAGCCGUGGAGCGGGCCCGCACCCUGUCCCUGGAGGGCGAGCGGCUCAUCGACAACAAGCACUACGCGGUGGACUCCAUACGCCCCAAGUGCCACGAGCUCCGGCACCUCUGCGACCAGUUUGCGGCCGAGGUCAGGCGCCGGAGGGGGCUGCUGGGCAAGUCGCUGGAGCUGCACGGCCUCCUGGAGGCGUCCAUGAAGUGGUGUGAUGAAGGGAUCUACCUGCUGGCCUCGCAGCCUGUGGACAAGUGCCAAUCCCAGGACGGCGCUGAGGCUGCCCUCCAGGAGAUCGAGAAGUUUUUGGAGAGCGGUGCAGAAAAUAAGAUCCAGGAGCUCCAUAAAAUUUACCAGGACUAUGAACUCAUCCUCACCCAAGACCUGAUGGAACACGUGCAGAAGGUCUUCCAGAAGCAAGAGAGCAUGGAAGAGAUGUUUCACCGGAGACAGGCGAGCCUGAAGAAGCUGGCAGCCAAGCAGAUGCGGCCCGUGCAGCCGGUGGCCCCCCGGCCAGAGGCGCUCACGAAAUCACCCUGUCCUUCCCCAGGCAUCCGGAGAGGUUCAGAGAACAGUGAGGGCAGUGCGCUGCGGAGAGGGCCCUACAGGAGGGCCAAGAGUGAAAUGAGCGAGGGCCGGCAGGGCCGGGGCAGCUCCACGGGGGACGAGGAGGAGAGCCUGGCCAUCUUGCGAAGGCACGUGAUGAACGAGCUCCUGGACACGGAGCGGGUCUACGUGGAGGAGCUGCUGUGUGUCUUGGAGGGCUACGCUGCCGAGAUGGAUAACCCGUUAAUGACGCAUCUCAUCUCAACAGGCCUUCAAAACAAGAAGGAUGUUCUAUUUGGAAACAUGGAAGAAAUUUACCACUUUCAUAACAGAAUAUUCCUGAGGGAGCUAGAAAAUUACAUAGACUGCCCAGAGCUGGUUGGAAGGUGUUUUCUGGAAAGGAUGGAGGAGUUCCAGAUCUACGAGAAGUACUGUCAGAACAAGCCCCGCUCCGAGAGCCUGUGGAGACAGUGUUCCGACUGCCCCUUCUUCCAGGACUGCCAGAGGAAGCUGGACCACAAGCUGAGUCUGGACUCCUACCUGCUGAAACCGGUCCAGAGAAUCACCAAGUACCAGCUGCUGCUCAAGGAAAUGCUGAAAUACAGCAAGAGCUGUGCAGGGGCCGAGGACCUGCAGGAGGCGCUGAGCUCCAUCCUGGGCAUCCUCAAGGCGGUGAACGACUCCAUGCACCUCAUCGCCAUCACGGGCUAUGACGGGAACCUGAGCGACCUGGGGAAGCUGCUGAUGCAGGGCUCCUUCAGCGUCUGGACGGACCACAAGAGGGGCCACGCCAAGGUGAAGGACCUGGCCAGGUUCAAGCCCAUGCAGCGGCACCUGUUCCUGCACGAGAAGGCCGUGCUCUUCUGCAAGAAGAGGGAGGAGAACGGGGAGGGCUAUGAGAAGGCACCGUCCUACAGCUACAAGCAGUCCCUCAACAUGGCGGCGGUUGGCAUAACUGAGAACGUGAAAGGGGACGCGAGGAAGUUUGAGAUCUGGUACAACGCCAGGGAGGAGGUUUACAUCAUACAGGCGCCAACUCCUGAAAUUAAAGCAGCGUGGGUGAACGAAAUUCGGAAAUUGCUGACCAGCCAGCUGCAGGCUUUCAGAGAAGCCAGCCAGCACCGGGCGCUGGAGCAGUCCCAGAGCCUGCCUCUGCCCGCGGCGUCCAGCAUCAGUCCCAUGAAAGGGAACACAAGAAACAUCAAAAAGCUGGAAGAAAGAAAAACUGACCCCCUAAGUCUGGAAGGAUAUGUGAGCUCAGCAUCAUCGCCAAAGCCCCCGGAAAAGGGCAGAGGUUGGAGCAAAACAUCUCACCCCUCGGAGGCCCCUGAGGACAACGACGGCUGGUCAAGUGCCGAGGAGGCGAUUAAUUCCUCAGACGCAGAGGAGGAAGGCGGAGUGGGCCCCAGGAAGCUGGUUCCGGGGAGGUUCACGGUCAUGGCGGACGACGAGAAGGGCAGCCCUGACGCGCUGGCCGUGCGGAGCGGGGACGUGGUGGAGGUGGUCCAGGAGGGCGACGACGGCCUUUGGUUUGUCAGGAACCUGACCUCCAGCAAGGAGGGCUGGGUGCCGGCCGGCAGCCUGUCCGCGCUCCUCGGCAAGUCCGGCUCUGCCCAGUGCUUGAGCAGCUCAGAGUCCAGCGCGGGGUCCACCCUGCUGAGCAACUCCUCCAGCUGCAGCGAGAGCUGCGGCCUCCCCCUCUCAGACCUGCAGGGGUAGCCCCCCGGCCCCGGCGCAAGAGGCCGCCUGCAAACCUCUAAGUGUUCCUUUGCUUGGGCUUGCUUAGUUUGGUGAGGGGACGGUGCCCUAAGACGCCCUGGAAAAGGAGGACCUGACAAGACCCGACGAGGCGGCACCCACCACCCACGGAACCUCGGGGUGCAGGACAGGGCUCUUCAGAGGGAAGGUUCGGGAAGAUUCCAGCCUCCAGCCUCCAUGCCAGGACCCCACCCAGGGUGCAGAAGCCGGUUUCCAGGGGAAGACCGAGCUUCCUGGGAAAACCCGGAGUGAAAGAGGAGCUGCAGGCCAGCAGACCACCUGUGCAGAAGGGCACCGAG